AUGUCUGGCCGCGGUAAGGGUGGUAAAGUUUUGGGCAAGGGAGCUGCCAAGCGCAAUCGUAAAGUGUUUCGGGAUAAAAUCCAAGGUAUUACCAAGCCAGCUAUUUGUUGCUUGGCUCGACGCAGUGGGGUGAAGUGUAUUUCGGGGUUGAUCUACGAAGAGACCCAGGGAGUGCUGAAGGUGUUCUUGGAGAACGUGAUCUGUGAUGCUGUCACUUACACUGAACAUGCCAAGCGAAAGACUGUAAUGGUUAUGGAUGUGGUUUAUGCCCUGAACCACCAGGCUCAUACUCUCUAUGGUUUUGGUGGCUAA